UUAUUGUUACUGUUGUUAUUAAUUUAAAUUGUGUUACAAUGAAUAUACUAAUAAAAAAUUGAAGAAAAUGAAUGAUAAAGUUUGUUGGUGACGUUGCUGAAAAGUUUUAUCAAUAAUAUAUAAAUCAGUGUGAGAUUGUUUUAGUUAUUACAAUAAAAUAUUGUAUGAUAACGCGGUAAAACGUAAUUUGGUAAGCGACGGUAAACGUAACCUGAAUGCACCUAUAUGACUCUUGUAAACGUAGACAUAUAUCAUCAGCCGGCGGGAUUAUUCGGAGUGAGCAUGUGCACAACCGAAAUGACCGAAGGCUACAGCAUGUCGCCAUCAACGGCUUCCUCAAGUGGCACUAAUCCUGGGUGUAUUGGAUCACCAUUAAGCAGAAUAACACCCUUGAGAAAUUCACCAGGAAGAGCGCGAGAGCCCCGCGAUGAUCUUGAUGAUGAUGAUGAUGAAAUAUCGGUUGGUUGUCCAAGCCCCAUGCCUCUGGUUAUCUCUGCGGGGACUCCAAUAAAGGAUGAGCAGAAUGAACGGUUGACACCUAUCUCCUCCGAGGAACCAAAAUAUUGUGAAAGAUUGUCAUCACCCAGGAGUUACACCGACGACGAUGAAAGGUACUUGAAGAAGGAAGACGAUUAUAAUAAUACGAGUGUUACCACGUCACUCACCAGAAGGAUUUCGUCCUCAUCCAGACGGACCAGUUUUAAAGAAGAAGAGGACGGUGAUAAUAACGGCGAGAGACCGGAAAGUGCUCCGACCGAUGACUAUUUUAAGCCGUUAAAAAAACUCAAAAUGGUUCAGCCUGUUCAACCCUCCGAUGACGAGGAUGAUCGGGACACCAAUGAACACGGUGUCAAAUCCUUCAGUAUUAUUGACAUACUCUCUCAUCGGCCAAAAGCUAAAAUUGUGAGGCCUUGGGACUCUACUGAAUCCUCAAAUAAUCAUCACAGACACCAACAGCUUCAAGAACAGCACCAACAGCAGCAACAACAACAACAACAACAACAACAAUCGCUUCAACAUCUUCAUCACCAUCCUCAUCACCACGCGUUGGCCCAUUCUUCCCCGCGAGACUUAUCGCUGAUGACCAUGUCCCUGGCUUCCAUGUCGAGUUCGAUGAGCGAACCACCUCUCAGCAGUUCAUCAUCUUCGGGGAGAAGUUCUGUUUCGGAUUCAGGGAGUCCUGAUCCACAUGCUCACCAUCAUCUGCACCAUCACCAUCACCAGCAUCACUCGUCGAUACACCACGGGUUACAUCAUCCGGGGAUUCACCAUCCUGGAAUCCAGCAUCAGCUCAAGAGGAAGUCCAGCCAUCAGCACCAGCAGCAGGCCAGUCAGAGCAGUCAUCACGGGAAGAGAAAUACUGGGCAGGGUAGCCCCCUGGAUGCUCUCUUUCAAAUGACCAGCAAAACUUUUGAUGCUGGAGAACACAGUCAAGAGCAAGCGAAUCACCUGAAUCUGUUCAACAAUAGACAGCAGCCCAAGAAGAAGCGCAAAAGUCGAACGGCCUUUACAAAUCAGCAGAUUUUUGAACUGGAGAAACGUUUUCUCUAUCAAAAGUACUUGAGUCCGGCAGAUCGGGAUGAAAUAGCCGCUCAAUUGGGUCUAAGCAACGCUCAGGUGAUAACGUGGUUCCAAAACAGGCGAGCAAAACUCAAAAGAGAUCUCGAGGAAUUGAAGAAAGACGUACAAACUGUUAAUCCUCUUCUUGUCGCUCAACAUAAAACAUUUUUGGAGAAUGCCCAGGACCUUGGAAUACUUAAAAAAAGGCCAUUACCCAGUUCCAUCGACGAUAAGUCAUAGAAUAGACACACAAACACACAACACAUACACAAUAAGCCGCGUGACAGAUACGAUACACGGUGAUUUUUUUUAUUUUAUUCCUUCGAUUAAUCAUAUUAUAUCGUUGUAUAUUCAAUUGGUGGUGUUCAUGAUAACCAAUAAAAUAAUAAUAUUCCCUUUAACGAGAACAAAGUCUAUAUACAUACAUUAGUUAUUAUUAUUUAAAACCAGUCACGCUAAUUCUCUCUCUCUCUACAUAAGUAUUAGUGACUCUCUUAUAUUCUAUUAAUUUUUUUUUUUUUUUAUUCAAUCUAUUGUAUUAUAAUGUAUUUAUUGCUGAAAUUUUGUUUUUAAAUUUAUGGUAUUUUAAC